ACGAGCCUGUACUGCUCGGGAGCGCGCAGCAAUCAUGCCUCAUCCGUUGCUCUCCUCGCCACUGUCGGAAAAUAGAAGAAGAAAUUCGUCGUUUACCUAAAAUGAUCAGAUCUUUUAGCGCUCGUGCUGUCGUGAAGAAUUAAAUGAUUUUAUAAAAAUCCAUAGCCUACUCGUCGAUAAUUUAUCAUCCCCCCUCGUCAAUGAGAGCAACAAGACACAAGAUGAGUACAGCUGUGGUGAUGUGGUGUUUCAGGGCUCAUCCUUUAUUUCGCAGGUCAUUCCCUUAACUUGAUCCUGUCCACACUCCUGACGCUGUUCAGUUUGGGGAUGUAAACGCUGGGAAGCCGCUAUAACGGACCUGAACUGAUAUGACUCAACGAGAGUGUUUUCAUUUCCCCGGAAAAAUGAGCCGUUAGGAGCCCAAACACCGUGUGAAAGCCUCAGGCUUGUAAGGGAACUGGCCCUUCCAUCCUCCCUCUCUAACAUCCCACUGUGUCACAGCACUACCAUGUCCUUUCCCUGCUGUGCCCAUCCCAUGGAGAGUGCACACCCACCCAGAUAGGAUGCCUGCCUUGCCCGACGCCCUGCAUCCCCUCCUGCCCAUCACCACCUCCUCCUUCUCCUCGGGUGUACCUGCUCUUGCCAUAAGUUCCUUGCGGCCCCACAGGCUCCGCCCUGCUCCAACAUGGUGGAUGAGGUAACCACCAUGAAGGAUGAUGUCAUCAACGCCAACACGCUGGCUUGGCUGGUCUGCUCAGGCGUGUCCAUCCUGGCCAACACUUGGAGCAUCCUUAGCGUCAGUGCCAAGCAGAAAAAGUGGAAACCGCUGGAGUUCCUCAUCUGCACACUGGCAGGCACGCACAUCCUCAACAUGGCCAUCCCCAUCACUAUGUACUGUGUCAUAACGCUGCGCCGUCAGCACUCUAACUACGAGUGGAAUGAGGGUCUCUGCAAGGUGUUUGUCUCCACCUUCUACACUCUCACACUGGUCACCUGCUUCUCUGUAACCUCGCUUUCUUAUCACCGCAUGUGGAUGGUGCGCUGGCCUGUAAACUACAGGUUGAGUAACACCAAGAAGCAAGCAGUGCACACGGUGAUGGGCAUCUGGAUGGUCUCCUUCAUCCUGUCCACGCUUCCAGCUGUGGGCUGGCAUGACACCAUUGACCGCUUCUACACCUCUGACUGCCGAUUCAUUGUGACGGAGAUUGGUCUAGGCUUUGGCGUGUGCUUUCUGCUGCUGAUCGGUGGUAGCGUUGCCAUGGGUGUGAUUUGCAUUGGCAUCGCUCUCUUCCAGACCUUCUCCAUUCAGGCAGGCCACAAUGCCGACAAGAACAAGUUCAACGUCCCCACCAUAGUGGUUGAGGACGCCCAGGGGAAGCGCAGAUCAUCCAUUGAUGGAUCGGAGCCUCUCAAGACAUCACUGCAGAUCACCUACCUGAUCAGUGGUAUCGUCUUCAUCUAUGACUUCUUGACUGGCUUCCCCAUACUGGUGGUGAGCUUUGCUAGUCUGAAGUUUGACCGCUCCUACAACUGGAUGGUGUUGUGUGUGCUGUGGUGCUCCAUUGCCCAGUCCAUCCUCCUGCCCAUGUUCAUCUGGGCUUGUGACCGCUAUCGGGCUGACAUCCGCAUGGUGUGGGAGAAGUGCGUUGCCAUCAUGUCCAACGACGACGUGGAUGAGGAAAACAGCCAAGAUGGAGGAAUUCAUGCCGACUUAAUAUAUGACAGACCAUAUGACUAUAGCUCGGCGCCUGAAAUCGUGACGGUAGACCGUAAUGCCAAGUAUGAGUUCUCAACCUUAGAAAGGGGGGUUCCGCAAGGGUAUCCAAUGAGGGAACAACAGGAAGAUAAAAUGCAGUAUUUGCAGGUGCCCCCUACAAGAAGAUUCUCCCACGACGAAACCGACAUGUGGACCAGCGACCGGAUCCCCUCAUACCUUCACCGGUGGGGCUCCACCGAGGACAUGAUAGUGAGUGCCCACUACAGCUCCACCUUGCCGCGCCACGAGAGGCGCAGGAACAGCCUGGUCUCCUACCACGAGGAGAGCCAUCAUCACCAUCACCCGCACCGAAAGCGGCGACGCUCUGAGGAUAGUAUGCACUCCCUCAAGCACCUGCCACGCGUGGUUUGUGGCGGGGAACACUAUGAGGACGAACUGCGCUGUUUCAGCCGCGAUGAGGUAAUUAACUUUAUAGAUGAGACGCCGCUGCCGAGCCCCAGGAAGAGCCCCCGGCGCGCAUCUACCAUCUCACUGAUACCCAAUGUGUAUGAACAUCACAUAGUCAUCCUCCCUCAUUUCCCGCUCACAGACUUUGAGCGUGAGCCUCAAGCACUCAGGCGACUUUCAGAACACAAAAGGAGCAGCAGUCGGAGCAAUUCACCUGAGGGUUCCCCCAAACCCGACAGACCCGCUGGGAAGAAGAGCCCCGGAACUUGUGGCUCUGGUAAAGGCUGCCGGGAGCGCUCGCGAGAUGGGAAACAUCAGUGUGAAGUUGGCUCACCUGGGCGUAGCCAGCAGACUCCAGGGCACUCUGCCUACAGGCCCAGGACAUGCGGUGGAGCCCGGGCUGGGGCAGGAGCUGACUGGGGGCAUCAGAAGCACCUGAGCAAGGCCGAGAAUAAAGGAAGCACUAACAGUUUUGUAAGCACACCCUCGGCAUCGUCCUCGGGAUACAUCACAUUUCACUCUGAUUCUGUCGGCUCCACCACUUAAAAACAAAGGUUUUCCUUGUUAAUAUCAACAUUGUUACUGAAGUUAUGAUCAUAAUGAAAACCACUGGAAUAUUUGUGGUUAUGGGAAAGUGACAUAGUGGAUUAUUUGACCCUUUUACUUGUGCCACUAUUCUGUUUUAAUAUUUAAAUAUAUAUAUACAACCAAUAAAUAUCUGUUAUGCUAAAUGGCCUUGGGAGCUUUGGACAUAAUUUGUGAAUUAGGCUGGUGAACAGUUUGGGUGAUCCUGUUAUUCAGCUUUCACAUCACCAAAUAGCCACAAAGGACACUUUUUCCAGCACUGACACAAAUAAACUGUUUUUAAAUGGCGUGAACAUUCCCACACACCUUGUUUUUGCUGUUCGAUGUUUCUUAUUAAAUACUCAAAGAAUUGGA